AUGGGCAAGAAGUGCUUUGUACCGAAUUGCAAGUCGGGGUAUCGGACAUGCACGGAGCGUGUGUCGCUUUUCAAGGCUCCGCGUGAACCCGAACGUUUAGAAAAGUGGCGACGGGCGAUUCCGAGAGCAGACAGAGUUUUGCAGCCUACCGACCACGUGUGCGCGAAGCACUUCCCGAAUGAAGUGAUCUCUGCAACAUAUCACGCGGAAUACAAGGGGAACGUCCUUCUGCACGCACAAAAAAAGCCGGUGCUCUCACCCGACGCUGUGCCUAGCAUUUUCCCGAAUUGCCCAGGAUACUUGACUGUGCAGCAAAAAACGAGAAAACCUCCGCGGAAACGGCAGGCUCUGCCGCCGACUUCUCAGAAGCCUAAGAAGCAAGGACAGCCAGAAGCGUCGAAUGCUUCUGAAGAGCUACACCUGGCCGUUGAAAAUACACCAAGUUUAUUGCUGGUUGACACAACGAGUUCAAAAUAUUCUGAUGCCGAAUCAACAGACGCGCCUUGUAAGAGGCCACGCUUGGAUUUCAGCAGCGUCGCGCCCCCUCCACGUGAAGAAAAGGAUCCUUUUCAACACGAUACUGACACAUUGAGUGGCACAUGCACUGCCGACGCACCUAGUCACACAGCUGAAAAGCAACAAGUUUCUUCCUCAUCUCAAAAAACUACGGAGCAAGAGAGAAGUCAUGGACCAACGCAAGAGCAGCGACCCACCGAGUCCCUGUUCCUCCAGGACGGAGGACAGCAAAUGACAAUUUCCGCUCUGUCAGGCUGUGCUUCCAGCCUUAAACUCCCAAGUGAAGCCUGGGCAGUCCAAGUUUCUGACAGAUUUGGGGUUAAAUCUGUUGUUUUCAGUGAGCUAGAAUUGCCGAAAGAGAGUAACCAGGCGCCUUUUCAUAGAAAAGUACUAGAAGUAACCACAUCACAUAAUGACUCCUUGUCAGUGAAAUGUUUUGUUUAUGGCCGUUUUGUUAACGUACAGACCAUAAGUUCUGGUUUGCCCAUGAAUUCCCUAGCUGAUAUAGAGUGUGCAGUACGGGUCUUUCAUGAAAUGCAUGUGUGUGCAGGUGGUCCCAGUGGUGAAAUGUACAAUAAUAUACGCCCCGAGUGCGCAUAUAUUGACAAAUGUGGAACCUGGCGGCACAACCGUUGCCUACUAGUGACAGAGAGUACAAGUUGCAAUGCAUGUGCUAAGUUAAAAGAUGUACUUCGUAUUCAUGCUGCACGAAAGAAAAAGAAUUCUCAACUGAAACACAUUCGCAUUCCGGCCAGUCCAUCGAAAAAAACACGCAUUGAAAUGUUGCGGCGCGCCAGGAUUGCCUGCUACAAGUCAAAAGUGCGGCUUCAAAAACAAAAACAUAAUCUUGAACAAGAAUUGGCUAACUGCAAAUCAAAACUAGUAGAAAUCAGUAAUGAAACACUCGAACGCCUUUCCAGAGAAGCAAACCUUCCUGAAGCGCAAAAGCUGGUGUUGAAAGACGAGCAACAGCGCCUGCUCGAGUGCUUCAAUGAGAUCUGGCAGUCAGGGCAGGUGCCAGAGGCAUGGCACACAGCCAUUGUGGCACCCAUCCUCAAGGCCAGAAAACCGGCUAGGGAACUGUCAUCCUAUCAACCGAUCUCCUUCACCUCCGCUGCCUGCAAGGUGAUGGUGGUCAUGCCUCUGGCACGACUUGACUGA